AUGAUCAGUAUAAAAAAUAACACCUUAUAUAACGGGUUGCUCGAAUCUGUCGAGUGUAUACAGAAGAGUUUUGCACAGCUGAUACUUCUUCUACUCGCAACGGUAGUACCGCAUUUCAUAUUCGUAGCAUACUCAUGCAUCGUCCAUGCAUUAGCAGAUAAGAAAGGGUUUACAGCUGCACAACUUGUGUCGCUGUACCGUCUAGUGUUGUUCGGCGCUGAACACGUAGUGAUAGCCUGGAGUGGACAGAAAGUCAGCAAUGAAGGCUUGAAACUGAAACGAGUCUUGGCACAGGCUAUCACACGCACUGGCUUAUACAGUCAGAAGAGCCUCCUGAACUUCCAGCACCUGGUCUCCGCGAAGCCUCUCAAGAUUGAGCUGCUGCCGAUGGUUCCAGUCGGGAUGUACCUUGUCCCUGCAGUUCUGUCUUUGACUGUCAACUACAUCAUAGUGACUUUGCAAAUGAAUCAUGACAUCUAAUUCGGUUUAGACAACUCCUUACCGACCGUUAGAUCCUUUCUGUUAAAGAUAUUUUAUUUAUCCACUCGACUCGACCGCAAAAAGUGCAGUC